GCGAGCUCUUCGCGGUGAAAUCCGCGGGCAUCUCCCGCGCCGCGCCCCUGCGCCGGGAGCAGGACAUCCUCUCCGGCCUCAACUCGCCCUACGUAAUCUCAUACCUCGGCUUCGACGACGACGCCGCCGCCGCCGGGGAGCCGCAGUUCAAUCUGUUCUUGGAGUACGCGCCCGGCGGAUCGCUGUCGGACGAGAUCAAGAAGCGCGGCGGCCGGCUCGACGAGAAGGCGAUCCGGUCCCGAGCGUACGAAAUCCUGCGCGGGCUGGCCUACCUCCACGGGGCCGGGAUCGCGCAUUGCGACGUCAAGGGGCAGAACGUCCUCAUCGGAUCGGAGGGCCGCGCCAAGAUCGCCGAUUUCGGAUGCGCGCGGAGGGUCGGCGGCGGCGCGGGCGGUCAGUUCAGCGGCACGCCGGCGUUCAUGGCGCCCGAGGUGGCGCGCGGGGAGGAGCAGGGGACGCCGGCCGACAUUUGGGCGCUCGGAUGCACCGUCCUCGAGAUGGCGGCCGGCCGGGCCCCGUGGCCGGAAUUCUCCGACCCCGUCGCCGCGCUCCACCACAUCGGAUUCUCAGCGCAAGUGCCGGAAAUCCCCCUCUGGCUGCCGGAAGAGGGCGAGGAUUUCGUCAGAAAGUGUCUGAGGAGAGACCCCGGAGAGAGGUGGACGGCGGACCAGCUCCUCCGCCACCCUUUCCUGGAGCCGGCGGCGAUCAGAUGUCGUCAGGAUCAGGGCUUCUGGGUCUCUCCGAAGAGCACUCUCGAUCAGGGCUUCUGGGAGUCGGAAUCCGAAGAAGACGACGAGCCGGCCGAUGAUAAGUUCGCAGCCGAGGAGGAUCCGUCGCGGAGGAUCCGAAUGUUAUCCAAAGAAGCCGAGGAGCUCUCUGCUCCUGACUGGAAAUGGGGCGACGAUUGGAUCACAGUCAGAAGCAACAGCAGCGACGAGGGCGAUCAAAGGGGGGGCCCCACAAUAGAACAAGAACAAGAAGAGCAAGAAGAAGAAGAAGAAGAAGAAGAAGAAGAAGAAGAAGGGCCCGCCCCCGAUUUCUGCUGCGGCGGCGGUGGCGGAGUACUCAGCUCCAGCGUCGGCAGCGGCGUCGGCGACGGCGAGAGAGAUUUCACCUUUAGCAUCGAUCACAUGGGUUCUGAGGAUUCCCACUACAAUUCACAUGGCUACGCUAUCAUUAGUGAGAGUAGCCGCGGUGAAAUUGGGGCUUUAGUGGAGGGGAUAGGGAUAAAUUCGGAAGAACAAAUGUUCAUUAGCUGUGAGAGAGAGACUAUUAGCCUCUGGAAUUGUAACAAUGAUACGAAUUCAGUAAAGAAAAGCAAAGCGCUUUGUUUAUUAACAACUCUAUUUGGCAUUUUCACUCUAGAUACUUCUUUAAUUAUCGUGCCCAGCUGUCAAAUUUACUUUUGUGUGGUCCUCCUCUUCGCUCGUGGUUCUUCCGCUGUUUGUGUUGUGAUCACUGAUCAGGGGAUUAGGAAUCAGUGGUUACAAGUUAGGAGAACGGACCGGAUCUUUCCAUGGACUCGCCACCACCGUGGAACUAAUUAUGGAAGUGACUUUGGAGUCGCUUUGCUUGAUUUUCAAAACACUAGUGUAUUUAUUAUUAAGAGCUUCCAUAGCCGCGCCGCUCCACAGGUCGGCAACUACCGGAGCGGCCGCUGCCGCCUCUCGGUGCGCCCGGUGGGCCGCCGCUGGACGAGCGGCGCGCGCGCCGACCUCUUCCUCGGCUCGGAGCCUAGGCCGAAGCCGCGCGCGGCGGCGAGGGAGGCGCCUCCGCCUCGGAGGGGCAGCGGAGGAGGAGGCGGAGGCGGGACAAGGAAGGAGCCGCCGCGGCGGAGGAAGAGGCCGCGGCCUAGGGCGCGGAGGCGCCGGAGCUGGCGGCGCGGGAGCGGCACCGCGGCGGCGAGGAAGACCGCCGCGGCGAGCCUCCGCCGCCUCCCCCUCCCCCUCCCCUCCCUCCUCCGGCCAGCGGGCACCUGCGUCGGGUACAGAGAGUGGAGUGGAGUGGAGUGGAGUAGCCCCUGCUCUCGCUGCGGCUGCUUCUCCUCUUUGGGAUCCGCGCUCUCGCUCUCCGCUGUUGCAAUGGCCUAG